UCUUUAAAUACCAGGAAAAAGAAGCCAUCAUUCCAUUUUUGCAAUCUUUUUCUCUCAUCCCUUCCCUUUUCCUCUAUUUCUGCACAGGAAACUUAAGGCUACAGAUAUGGAGGAGAAGAUCAUUCAACAAAAAAAUCACCAACAAGGUUCUAGUUCAUAUGGUGGAAAGAAAGCAAGCAAGAAAAAGCCUCACAACUCUGCUCUCCGCUUCCGCACCAACUUCAAUGUGGCGAUGAAAGCUUGUAAGGGCCGUGGAAGAAAGGAUAUAGGGAUAUUGAGGCGCAUGGUCAAGAAGACUCUGGUGGAAAUGAUGGAAGCCAAAACUGUGGAGGUGCGCCGUGAUGGAGAGGUGACUGAGGAAAUUGUAGCUACUGCUGAAGAGAUGAAACUUGAUCUGGAUCUGCUGAAGAUUUCAAUUUUCCAACAUUCCCAUGACAUGCUUCGUAUCUCAGGUGCAGUGGACAAGCUUGCAGAGAUUAUGCUGCUUCAGCUUGAUUAAUAAUUAGCUGAGCAAUGAAGGGUAUACAAAGAUUUCGGAAACUGAUGCAUAAAGUAGUUUGCUUUCUCUUAUGUGGUGCGUCAAUUUUAAUAAGGUCUGUUGCUUUUGUGUGUGUGUGUAUGAUGCAAUAAGUUCUGUUUCUGUUGUGCUAGGUUUAAGAUAUGAUGUGAUUUUGAAAUAAAGUUGUGUAUCAGUCUGGAUUGCUUAGUUCUGAGUUG